AUGCGCAUUACUUGGUCGUUUUGGGUUUUAGCAGCCCUCAUAUCGCUUCAAACAUUGGUUACCGCCCAAAUACUUGAUCCUCUUCCAUCAGCUAGCGACCCAGCACCUACUUCAGAUUCUCCAAAACCAGAGCCAUCAUCCCAGGAACCAACACCUUCUCCUGACCCAAAGCCUGAACCUUCAUCUUCAGCUCAACCUGAGCCAUCGACAACACCAGCUCCUGAGCCAUCUAGCAGCAAUAACCCUACACCUCAGCCAUCUAGCAGCUCUGCUCAACCACCACCACCUUCGUCAUCUGAUGUUCAACCUUCAUCUUCUGCACAACCACCACCAAGCAGCAGCAACAACCCAUCUCCAUCUUCGUCAGCAUCUCCUAGCACCCAAAGCAGCGAUACACCUUCAAGCAGCGCAUCUCAAUCGGAUUCCUCAAGCAGCUCUUCUAGCACAACUAGUUCAUCUCAUGAAGCUUCCUCUUCUGCUGCAUCCAAGGAUGAUGGUGGUGAUGAUAACCAUACUGGUGCCAUUGCUGGUGGUGUUGUUGGCGGUGUUGUGGGCCUUGCAUUGAUUGGUGGUUUAUUGGCUUGGAUCAACCGAAAGGGUGGAUGCACUUCUCGUAGCAAGCCCAAACGCCCUGCCGACUUUGAAGAUUUUGGUUUGGCUGAAACGGACUUUCCUCAUCAUCGUUCACCACCCAUGGCAGCUGCUAAUGUUGCUCCUGGUAUGGCAGCCGCUGGUGCUGCAGGUGCUGCAGGUGCGGGUGCUGCUGCUGCUAUGGCAUCGCCUACGAUCCCACGUCUUAAUGAGCAGGGCAACUACUAUGAUCCCUCAACCGCUGAAUAUGGUACCAAUCGCAUUUACUAUGAACCACAAUUGACUGGACCACCACAACCUGAUUAUCAAUAUCCACCUCACCAUCAACAACAAUACUACUAUCCUCAGGAAGGUGGCUAUUAUGAUGAACAUGGUUAUUAUUAUGAGAAUGGAAGCACAGCGGUAUCAAGCCCUGGUCAACAACAGGCCAUGUAUGAUCCCGUUGCUGCUGGCGGCAACAGCGACUAUUACAAACCUGAUAGUGCUGAUGGUGCAAGUGCUGCUGCUAAACCCAAUCAGCGCAUGUAA